UCCAGCUUUGGCAAGUUCCUCGUGAUUUGCUCUCAUCGUCUUAAUGAAUUCAACUGGGAGUGCAUUGGCCCUGAUGCCCACCCCCUCAGAGAGAGGUCCAGUGCUCUUGCUUAUAUCUGCAGGGCUGCUCCAUGCCCUUCCAUUGUUCCAUCUGCUUCUGUCACUAACAGAUCCUCCAAGAGGAAUUGUGGGAGAAAGCUAAGCUGGCCAGGAGGUGGGAGAAGCCUUAAUGCGAAGGGAGCUGCUUCUUAAGGCUGUUAGAAAAUACAUUUUUCGCUUGGAAGACUCACCUGUGGACAGCUGAAGUGGAAUCAUGGGUGUGAUGUCACUGCUGCUGUUGAUGAUGAUUGGCUGGUGUGGUGGAGCGCCACCCGUGAGAGAGGUGUACAGAAUGCCACAGAGUGCACUUAAAGAGCUGUCUGAUAGAGGAACAGUAGUGAUGGAGGCCGCUCUGUCCCGCGCUCUGUCUGCCGUAGAUGCUGCCGUAUCGGACCGCAGCAAGGCUGAGGCAGGCUGCAGAGGGUGUGUGCCCUGUCUGUUUCAGGACUGUGGACAGCGAAAAGGCACUUGUGCAUCUCCAGAGGAUACACAGUCAGAGCCUAGCUGUGAGGUCAUCUCCCAUGCCCAGCAGGAAGCUGAUGAAGGAGAGAGGAGCUGGUUGCUGAGUCAGGCAUGUGGCUUCUAUAAACGCCGUUGCACACCUGAACAGGUGAACAAAGAUUUGUGCAUCAGAGUCAUGGGAGAGAGCUGCAGUGCUCGUGUCUUGCAGUGCAGUCUGCUCAACACCAUGCAGAACCUGGAGCCAGCCACACAGACCACAGCACAGGCUGUGUGUGGCCAGCGUUUCGCUGUCUCGCAGAACAUGACACAGCCUCGCUCUCGUAUCAUGGGGGGAUCUCCUGCCCUCUGGGCAGCUGGCCAUGGCUGGUGAACCUUCGGCUGGACGGGGCUCUGAUGUGUGGGGGUGUUCUGGUUGACAGUUCUUGGGUUCUCACUGCCGCCCACUGCUUUGCUGGGAGCCGCAGUGAGAGUUACUGGACAGCUGUAGUGGGAGAGUUUGACCUCACAAAAACUGACCCUGAUGAGCAGCUCAUGAAAGUCAAUCGCAUCAUCACUCAUCCGAAGUUUAACCCAAAGACGUUCAAUAACGACAUUGCUCUGGUGGAGCUGAGUUCUCCAGUAAUUCUGUCUGAACGGGUCACACCUGUCUGCUUACCCUCUGACCUCGAUCCACCGGCUGGUACACCCUGUUUGGUGGCCGGCUGGGGCUCCUUAUAUGAGGACGGUCCUUCAGCAGAUGUGGUAAUGGAGGCAAAAGUGCCCCUGCUGUCCCAGACCACCUGUCGCAGUGCACUAGGGAAGGAGCUGCUCACGAACACAAUGUUCUGCGCUGGGUACCUGUCUGGAGGCAUCGACUCAUGCCAGGGUGACUCUGGAGGGCCGUUGAUCUUCCAGGACAAUUUAUCAGGACGAUUUCAGCUGUUUGGCAUCACCUCUUGGGGGGAUGGCUGUGGGGAGAAGGGAAAGCCUGGCGUUUACACGCGGGUCACAGCUUUCUCUGAUUGGGUCAUGACAGAGAUACAAAAGUCCUUUGGGAGUCGGGAGCCCACAUGCCCUGAGCUGCUUAAGACAACUGAGCUGUCUGAAGAACAGCAGAUGUCAGAGUUCACCACGCUCUGCCACUUCUACACACUAUCCUGCCCUCCCACCCUCGACCCCUCUGCCUGUCAGCGUCUCGCUCAGGACAAAUGCCAAAGCCGCUUUAAAAAGUGCCAGUUGCAUUCCUUCCUGCAGACUCUGCUGGACUUACUUCAGAGGGCCGAUGACUAUAUCAGAGAUAAAGUUGAUCUGACCUUCUUCACUCAGACUCUUCCUCAGCUGGUGGAGAAUGUGUACAGCUCUGCUCAGAUACCACGAAAGCGUAGAAGUUCAUCUGAAACAGAGCAGGUAGGCCAGCCAGCACUAUUCCAGCAAGUGGGCCCCCUGGUGGACGACUGGGAGAGCUACCUUACAGGCAUUGCUGAAGAUCUGGAUCAACACAAAGAACUAAAAACUCACAGGAACUGUCUCAGGAGCAACAACUCUUCAUACCGGAUGAAGAUGGUGAAAGAGCUCCUCUUCAGCAGCUCGACGGAUCGCUGCGCACCUCUAUUGCUGCCCUUCGUUCCAAACUAGAAUCAUUGCGCAUUCCUGUCAUACCAGAAUUGGACCACCAACUGUUUCAGAGGGAUUUCACCAUUCCCACCACUGGAAAACAGGAUAAUAGUGCCAAAUCUAGAGAGUCUGUAUUGUCAGCUGACAUUUGGACUGGUCUGCUAUAUGAAGCCCUCAGAGGAAGCGGCACAGGAAGUGUCACAGGACAUCCAGUGAUGACAGCAUCCCCUCGGGAUGAUAUGGAUACAGCAUCUAGAUCUGUGGAAACUUCGACCCAACCACUCUUUAAAAAGCUCCUGUGGAGGAGAAAGAGAGAUCUACACAAGCGUCAGAUACAAGGAGUCAAUGACAAAG